AGUGCUUGGGCGAUGGAGUAGGCGCUUUGCGCUAUGCGUAAUGGGCCCAGCUCAGGACACCCAUUCUUUUCUGAGCUGAGAUGCUGGCAUGAAGCAGGCUUGCUGGCUUCUCGCUUUGCGGCUGGGCGCAGGCCAAGUGGUUCCAGCGGCUCCCCGGCCCACCGACUCACAGCCGUGCCCGUGCCCGGAUCCCAUCUACGGUGAAGACAUUUGCUACGAGCCAGUGUGCCCACCGGGCUAUUUCAGGUGCUGCGCCACUUGCUACGAAGCACCCUGCUACGGCCUGAAGAAGGAUCUUGAGCUUUCCUGGCGCGGGAUCUACGAGUGCAUUCUGUGCGAGCCCGGGGAUUACUGCGACGGAUGCGACACUUUCAAGAAGUGUCCUGACAAUACGCAGCCGACUCGCGAGGGGGCUCGAGUCUCCAGGGCCGGGUCCACACGCAUCGCCGAUUGCGAGAGCUGCGCUGCUGGCAUGGAGGCCAGUUUCCGGCGAGAUCGCUGCGUGGAGGACUACUCCCACGUAUGCAACGAGGAGUUUGUGCAGAGAUGCAUCAGGAGCUGCAAGGCAGAGGAACCUUCCAGAGGCAAGAAGCUCACGCCGUGCGAGCAGAUCAAAUGCGAGAUGUUCUGUGCGAAGCUAUGGUCCGAUGAUUGUGCUGUAGUUGUGGGCAGGAUAUGCAGGGAUCUCACCACGGCCAAGGACUCAGGCGUUAUCGGCGUAGAAGGGAGCGACACCCAGGCCGAUGUCUUGGAAUGCGAUGUGGACUGUGACUUCGCCACGAGAAGCGGAUUUGUUGUGGCUGUGGCGAUCCUGGGAUUGCUCCUGUGAGCGAAUUCGCUACGUUUCACUCUAAGCCAUCCGGAAUAUGGAUGGCGUGUUAACGGCUGAGAGAUUGGUGGAAUUGU